UCUCCGCGCGGCGCAGACGGGAAGCAGUGCUAGCGGAUCCGCCGACGCGCCGCCAUGCCCUCCGCCAGUAAGUCGUGGCUGCUGCUCUGCGGCUUCGUGCUCUUCUACAUCAUCUACCUGCUGUUCGGGGCGCUGGUUUUCUCCAGCAUCGAGCGGCCGGCGGAGGACGAGCUGCGCCGGGACACGCAGCGGCUGAAGGAAGCCUUUCUGAACCAGAGCUGCGUCAGCGCCGCGACCCUGGAGCUGUUCCUCAGCAGAGUCCUGGCCGCCAACAAGCACGGCGUGUCCGUCCUCAGGAACUCCUCCGGCAGGUCCAACUGGGACCUGGCGUCCUCCAUGUUCUUCGCAAACACUCUGGUCACCACUGUAGGUUACGGCCACCCCACCCCCCUGUCUGACGCUGGGAAAGCGUUCUCCAUCGUCUACGCGCUGCUAGGCGUUCCCUUCACCAUGCUGGUGCUGACCGCCUGCGUCCAGAGGAUCAUGCAGCCUCUGGUCCUCGCCCCGGUCGGCCUCCUGCAGCGCUCCGGCCUCAAGCCGCGGCCGGCCACCGUCGUCCACUUCCUGCUGCUCCUGGCGGCGGUGGUGCUGUGCUGCCUCCUGGCGCCGGCCGCCGUGUUCAGCGCGCUGGAGGCGUCCUGGACGUUCCUGGACAGCGUCUACUUCUGCUUCAUAUCGCUGUGCACCAUCGGGCUGGGGGACUUCGUCCCGGCGGCGCGGCCCGGCCAGCCUUACAGAGCUCUGUACCAGGUGGCCGUCAUGGUCUACCUGUUCAUUGGUCUGAUGAUGAUGUACCUCCUACUGCGGACCUUCCACAAGAUGGCCGACGUCCACGGCCUGACCACGUUCUAGCUGCCGCGCUGCGAGGCGUCUCUGCUGGCCGACGACACGGAGCCCAUCGUCGGCAACGACCCGACUCCGCCUCGCCCGAAAGACAAGGCCGCCACCAAACCUCUGGAUCCGGGAUCCCAACCGUCGUACAACUCCAUCAACAAAGGCUGAGGCUCCGGCGCCGGCGGGGGGGGAAAGGAUUUACCUCUGGAGAGCCGCUGGGCUGAAUCUGAACUCUUGUUUUAAUUUCAUUCCAGAGGAAUUGACAUGAGCUUUAAGGUUC